UGACUGCUUUUGUGUCCUCUGUUCAGUGGCUUUCUGCGUGUUUGAACCGUAAAGUUAAGAAAAUGCAUCAAAAAUACAUAAAUAAUUAUUAUUUCAAUAGAAGUAAUCUUUAAGAUAGAUCAUUGUUGUGAAUAGUAGAUUACCGAGCGUCGCACACAUCUUUCUCGAAAACAAUUUUUGAAGGGAAUAAUCAUAAGAUUAUAGUUACGACUGUACGCUGUCAGUAUAAUUCGGACAUACCUGGUCAAAAAUGGACCAGGAAAAACUCUUCACUAGCGUAGAAGAGGAAUGUUUAUAUUGGAAGGAAAGAUGCUUGAAACUCAAGCAGGAACGGAACGAUGUACAAAGAGAAUUUGAUGAUUUCACGGAGGAAUCGCGGCAACUGGAAGCUGAGCUGGAAAUGACAGUCGAACAACAGGAGAAAAAGAUCCGUGACUUUAACCAACUCGUGAGCCAACUUCGAAUUGAAUGUGAGUCGUACAAACGAAAAGUUACGAACAGCGAAAACGAGUCUAAUAAGAUUGACGCUGAUUAUAAACAGCUGGCAAAGGAAAACGAGAAGUUCAAGGUAUAUAUCCGGGAACUAGAGCAAAAGAACGACGAUUUAGAGCGAGCUAAUCGAGUAGCAAGUGAAAGUGUGGCCGAAUUUGAAUCGAUGCUUAACCAGGCGUAUGAGAAAAACGCGUUACUGGAGCUUGAAGUAGAUGAAAAAGAACGCAUGCAAAUCAAGCUUCAGCGUUUAAUGGAUGAAGCACGGGAUCUUAAGCAGGAACUGAAAGUUAGAAACUUUACAAAGCUAGAAGAAGAAGACGAAAUGCCACAGGCUGCUGCAGAUAAUACCACAGAUCAAAAAACGCUAGAGGUUCCAAACGAUACAAGACCUUUGGCAUCUAACACCAAUACCACCGCAAAUCUAUGCCUCAGCAGUAAACUCGAAAAUAUCAAUAAUAACAUCAAUAGCAGCAAAAAGACAGACUCCACCAUCGUAGCCCUUACGAAAUCAACUAGUAAACUUGACUUGGAAUCCACACGGGGAUCCCUGGAUAAUGUAGUAUCUCAACUUGACGAAGAUGCACUGCAGCAAAAAUUGAUAAUUGAACGAAAUGGAAACAUCACUACUGCAUCAGCUCUUAUUCCGAGUGCAUUGAAUGCUCCGAUGGCUCCGAGCGACCGUGUUUCCACUUUGAGCAUUGUUGCUGAUCUGCUUCGACGGCUUGAUAAUAUGGAAGCUAAACUCAAGGCCUGGAAAAUUCGUAAACCUUCAUCUCGUUCGCAUGUUGCUUCGAGUACAAGUCAUCGGCACACCCAUUUGAAUCAUCAGUUGCAGCAUCAUCAUUCCCAACACCAGCAGAGUUCACCAGUCUUGACCACGGGUGGGACACCUGCCGAUAGUAAUAUAUCGCUCAAUUCCAUCGGCAGUGGCGACAGUUGCUGUAACGUUCAACUACACUCCUAUCAACCAGGAACGACUACCAUCGGUACACAAACCUCUCAGCAGCAAAGCCAGUUAGCCGUUGUGAAGACAGAGUUACGAGCAAGCAAGUAAACACACGAUUCUCGCUCUUUUACUCUUAUGCGUAUGCACUAUAUUUUUAAUUAAAUUAUUUAAUUUAAUGGCGAAUAUUUUUAAACAAGUCUCUUUAGUAUGUGUUUGUAAAUAUAUGUGGGGAGAAGAGAGGUGUGGCAUAAAUCAACAAUUUUCAAAUUUGCUCAAGGUUUGAAACGUUGAUCGAAUUCAAAAAGCGACCUAAGUUAUGACCUUAAAGUUGUACCAUUGUCGAUUUACAAUAAUUACAUGAGAAGUUAUACUUUAAGACUAGCCUUCGUCUAUAUUUUUCGAAAAAAAACUUAUCGUAGUCGCAAUUGCUGAGAUAAUAGACCAGAAUUUAUUAUUCUCCCAUUUCUAAUUGUAUGUUAUGUUAUAAUAGAAACGCGGUCAAAUGUGCAAAAACCUUGGUAUCUUGCGUUCAGUCGUUGCUUCUAGAUAAUAAACUAGCAAUGCAAGAUAAACAAAUUGAAAAUAAACUAGCAGAUCAAGCACAUUUGUUGAUAAACGAUUCAAGCAUAAAUAAUAGAAAGCACAUAUAAUCCUGACAUAACUGUAUGUAUAACAGACUAGUUGACAUAACGUAAAUGACAGUGUAAACUUAUGGAGCAGAAACAAGUUGAAUAAAAUAUAUUUAUUGGAAUAAACCUAACCAAAUA